AUGACCCCAGGGGCGCUGCUGCUGCUGGGGGCGUUGGGGGCGCCGUUCGCCCCGGGCGCCCGCGCCUUAGAGGCGGAGGGCCGACUCCGCGAGAAACUUUGCUCGGGCUAUGAUAGCUCGGUGAGGCCGGCGCGGGAGGUGGGAGACCGCGUCGGGGUCAGCAUUGGUCUCAGCCUAGCGCAAUUAAUCAGCCUGAACGAGAAGGAUGAGGAGAUGAGCACAAAGGUCUACUUAGACCUGGAGUGGACUGACUACAGGCUGAGCUGGGACCCUGAGGAGCAAGAGGGCAUCGACUCACUCCGCAUCACUGCCGAAUCCGUGUAGCUACCAGACGUGGUGGUCCUAAACAACAACGACGGAAAUUUUGAUGUUGCUCUGGACAUCAGCGUCACGGUGUCCUCCGACGGCUCCGUGCGCUGGCAGCCGCCGGGCAUCUAUCGCAGCAGCUGCAGCAUCCAGGUCACCUACUUCCCCUCUGACUGGCAGAACUGCACCAUGGUGUUCAGUUCCUAUAGCUAUGACAGCUCAGAAGUCAGUCUGCAGACCGGCUUGGGUCCCGAUGGGCAGGAGCGGCAGGAAGUGCACAUUCAUGAAGGCACCUUUAUUGAGAAUGGUCAAUGGAAGAUUAUUCACAAGCCUUCUCGGCUAAUCCAGCCUCCAGUGGAUCGUAGGGGAGGGGGGGAAAGACGGCGUGAAGAAGUCACCUUCUACCUCAUCAUUCGCCGGAAGCCUCUCUUUUACCUGGUCAACGUCAUUGCCCCAUGCAUCCUCAUCACUCUUCUGGCCAUCUUCGUCUUCUACCUGCCACCAGAUGCAGGUAAGAGGGGAAGGGGUCCAGCACUCCUUCUUACCAAUAGCUCAGGUUCUUGCUCUUCACCCAUAAAACAGGGAAGGUUUUCCUGCCAACUCAAGCCUUCAUGAACUGUGCCUCAGCAAUCUCACCCAGGUUUUCCUUUCAGGAAGAGCCUUUGCCUCUGCAUCCAGAUUUCCCCUCCAACCUGAAGCUCUACCUCCCCUCUGCUGCUCACUUCUCUGCACCCAGUAACUUCUGAACUCUUCCCUUCAGAAUCCUAGGAUCUCAUCCUUGGAACUGCCACUCCUCUGACCAACAAACUCCCAGGCUCAGCUAAUGCUUCCUUUCCCUUUCCCCAUUCCUGGCAUCCUCCCUCCCCCACUGGUCAAAUGCCGCCUACUAGUCCCUUAACCUCCUGUGUCCCUUGGAAAUAAUAGCCAACAUUUCUCUGGGAGACAGCACAAUAUGCUAACAGAGUAACCUUGGGCAAAUUCCUUAAUCUCUUAGUGUCCUGAUGUGGAAAUAGGACAGUCGUUGUCCCUCCCACAGAGGACUAUUUUGAAGAUUAACUGAGUUAAUAGAACUAUGCCUGGUACUCUGUAAGCUUUGUGUAAGUGUAGUUAUAGUCUUUUCUAAUUUGGAGCACUUGCUAUAAGAUAAUACAAAUAAUGUGUUACAUAUAUUAACUCAGUUCUAAUCUUCACAACUCUGUGAGGUAAGUACUGAAUUGUCUGCCCGUUUCACAGAGGCUAAGUGAGUUUAAGUCAUUCACCUGACGUUACACAGAGAGAAGCAGUGUUGCUGUUCCAACCCUGCUUAGUACUAGUCUGAUCCAGAGACUGAUAUCCUAAGCUCUCAUAUUCAAAGAUGCUUUACUGGGAGUUCUCUGGUAGGCUAGUGGUUAGGAUUCUGGGCUUUCACUGCUGUGGCCUGAAAAACAAAACAAAACAAACAAAAAGCACACGCUUUCCUUCUCUCUGUAAUCAAGCCCUCUCUCAGUCUAGGGAAGGAGAGAGAUGCAUCUCUAGAACACACUUCCACAUGUAACUUCUCCUUCUUCCUGGAGCAAGGCAAAUCUUGGAACCCAAUAUUACAGGACUGAAGUAGAACAGACCGUAAUAGUUAUUUAUUUCAAUACCUUCCAUGAAGUUUGCAGUGCCUGUUGUAUGCCACAGUAAUAACCAGCCACCUGGCAUAUUCUUACAUACUUGGUUUCAUUUUUAGAUCCUUCGAUUUGCUAUAUAGUUCCUGCCCUAGGGGUUGGUCCAUUCAUUCAUUUAACAAUACUUGUUGAACAUCUGUAACGUGCAAGGCACUGGGAAUACAUCAGUGAAUAAAACAGACAAAAAUCCCUGCUCUCAUGGAGUUUAUAUUCUAGUGGGGGAGACAGUCAGUAAACAUAAUAAACCCAUUGGAUAGUAUAUUAUUAUUUUUUUAAUUAAUUAAUUAAUUUAUUUAUUUAGGCU